AUGGCGACCGAUGCAGAUGCAGAUUCCCGUCACAAUGUCGACUUACACACCGGUAGCAAGUCGUACGAUGAAGCCGUCGCGUUUACCGAGCGCAUCAUCAACAAAAACUUCGAGCAGCUCUUCACAUUGUACCCGCAAAUGAAGAAAGUCAAACGGACAAAAUACGGCCAGCCCACCAUCGACGCCGUCCUGCACCCGUCCCAGAUCAUCAUUCCAACCGAUUCGGCGACUUACGGGACCAACACGGUGUUGUACCAGCUGCGGGUCCCGUUCUCCAUCAUUAAGAAAAAGGAGGACUCUGCACAGCAGGUGGGCGCAGGAAUCGAGGGUAUUGGCAAUAUGAGAUCGCCUGAUGAGGCCCAGCCUCUGUAG